AUGGCUUACGGCAUGUCUCUACGACGGUGGGGUGGGAUACGCGCUCGACUCCUCUGGAUAAGAUGCGGGCCCGGCGCCCUCACACUCCCCAAGGAGAUUACAAAAAUCCGCAUGGAAUACAACACAAAGAUCUACGGCGGCCACCAAGGCGCUCGCAAGUUCUGGCGCGACAUGCUGCCGCGCAUAAAAUAUCGCAACCCGGCUAUCCCCAUUGAAGUCGCGCGCCACAAGGACCCCUCGGGCCCCUCGCUGCUGCACAUUUAUAUGAAAUCCGCUGCGGCGUCUACGUCUACAUCUACAUCACCGCCAACGCCCACACCAUCAGACGAAGCGCAAACAGCGGAUGACAACAAGCCAACACACUCAAUCAACAUCAAAGACCAGGUCGAGCACGAGAUCCUCGAGGCGUUUAUCGCCAAAACAGGGGCUAUGGAAAUCAGGCCCUCGGCCCAGGAAGUGCAGGAGAUAGCCGAGAUCAAGGAAUUCAAGGAGCGGAGCGAUGCGGACCGCGUCAUGGUUAGGGAGAAGCUGUUGGCGGAGAGGAGGGAGGCUGAGCUGCUCAAGUUGGCGAGGGGGGAGUUGUCGGAGGUGAAUUAA